UUAAGGGAGAUAUGGCGUUAUAAUUGACAAGCGAUGUGGGAAAGGUUAACUGGCAGAAACUGCCUGUUGGCACUUUGUCCUUCUGGGGUCCAGAAAGGUGCACUGUGAAACUAUUCCAGUGAAUGAACGAGGCUACUAGCUGACCGUAUGCGAAGCGAGUCUUGCAAUACUCUUUUUUUAUUUUAUGCGGCGUGUUAAACAAAAAACAUCUAAAACUGAAUGAUACAGCUGCUUCGAUCAAGCGACUUGAACAUCAGUGAUGUACAGAAUUCUUUUGCAUAUGGGUAUAUGAGCGCCGUACGGGACUGCACGAUAGUUUUAAGAGGGUGAAGCGCUCCGCAUAUUAGUUACAGAUAUGGCCUUACCCAGAUGUGUAUGGCUGUUGGGUUUGGUCACGCUGUCUCUUCAGGUUGGUAGAGGCAUGGGAGGGUGUCAAGAUUUGGGAUUGUGCUGCAGUGGACGGGACUUCUCUUGCGUUAGCAAAGGAUGGAAACCUGACCGUUCGUAUGGCACCUGCUACUGCGACCAGGCGUGCACUUCUGCACUUGACUGCUGUCAUGAUUACCAACAUGCUUGUCCAGCUGAGCCGUGUGUGGUGAGUGAGUGGAGCCACUGGUCUGGUUGUGCCGAGCCGUGCCGGGUGGCGGUGCGCAUGCGGAUCCGGGAGGUGCUGCGGGAAGCUCGGAAUGGCGGGAAGCCUUGUCCCCCACUGCAGGAAUUUGCUGGCUGUGCAGAAUACUGGGACCAGUACGGGCAGUGUCGCAAUUCACUGGUUCCUGCCCUGAUCACCACAGGUGGCUAUGGCAAUGCCAGAAAGAAGAGGGAUAUCUCCAGUAGCUCUGAUGUCACAGGGUACUGCGUGGAGUUCCAGCUGACCUCCCUGACUGCAGGGUGUCUGCACAGCUCUCAGCCGCACACGCGGUGGAUGCAGUACCUGCGUGAGGGUCACAGGGUUUGUGUGGAGUGCCAGCCCCCCGCCCUAGCUGCCGGACAUCAGCAUUGCUCAGGCGAUGGGGAGGAUGAUGAGGAAGACAGGGAGCUCUCUCUUCAGUGGCAGGCAGUGGGGAACCCAAAGUGCAGGGGGGGUUGGAGGCGUGUCCGGCGACUGGACUCUUGCUCCUGUCCCACUGUCCACAGCUUUCUCUUCAUUUAAAGGCAUUUCCCUCAGGGACUCAGUCACAUGCUAACAUGCAAGCACACUUUGCUGUCCUCACAGAAUUACAUGGAUUCAAAUAUGAGGCUCAGGGAGAUGGAGAGGCGAUGAGCUUCUCCACAAUGUCAGCUUGUGGCUGUCUUCUGUACGUUUCAGUAUUUCUGUUAUUCGUGGUCAUAUGAUUGUGCCGUUUCAUAGUAACAGUCUUUUUACAGCACAGCCUUGAAUAUACCUUAGAUGUUUACCAGGCUUUACGCUCUUAUCUGCCCUUCGAUCUGCAUUAUCCCAUCAACAAGAGUCUUUUUGUGAAAGGCGUCUCAUGAAAGCUGCAUGAAGUUAAGUGAAGUUGAAAUUUGUAAACUAUAAAUACAUAUUUAUUUGAAUAUGAGUCAUUGAGUUAAAAUGAGGAAAUCUUUUUUUCAAUGUAAGAUGCACAGUGUAAGAAAGUCACUUCAUGUGCAAAAUAAACAUUCCUUAUGUGUUGAA